UCUCUUCAUGUAAGAAUGUGGGGUCCCCUUUUUCUCUCUCCUCUUCUUUCUAAAUCCAACUCACCCCUUUCUCUUCUCCCACGAAACAACGGCGCUUUCUCUCUCCAUGGUUUUGUGCUUUGGUUUCGCAUUGCAAAAUACCUCAAAAGCUUAAGACUUUAAGAUUCCCUGCAUACAAUUCAACACUUCAUUCUUUUUUUUUUUUUCUUCUUCACCUCGCUUGGGUUGGCUGUGGUGUAGGGACUGCGUUUUCCUCUCUCUGUUCUUUUGUUUGCUACGCUGAGCACUGGCCUUUUCCGCAAAAGGGUCGCACCCGGUUUCCCUGUGGAACAGUGAAGAUGGUUUCUUUUUUAUUUUUCUAAUUGAUAUGUUGUUGGGAUUUGGUGACUCCUUCUAGUGGGUUUCUUUCUUUGAUCUUCCCAAUGGUGGUGGAGGUGGGUGCAUUUGUUGUUGUUGUGUAUAAUAAAGUAAUGGACUUUGCUGGUGGAGCCUUUUGAUUUGAUGCUCAACAAACUACUACAGGAGAUUUGGUUAAUGUGUUGUUGCUAUUGAGGUAUCUUCAACAAACAAGGCUUUGGUCUUUCCAGGGUAAGGUUAAAGAUCUGAUGAAGGUGGAAUAUCUGAUUGCAUUAAUGGCUUGUUGUAAUUCCUCAGGGUGGCAUGAAAGAAAGAAGGUUAAAACUGAAAUUCCAAGAUUGAAAUGUUGUAGAUCGUUUAAUUUGGGACAAGAAUUAAAUACUUGGCAAGGCAAUUGAAAGGGAGGAGGUUGGGGGGGUGUUCACUGGGGUAUGACUAUGGCCCAUUAAAUUAUAUCCUUAGAUGGAUUGAGGAAGUAGCAACAUUAAUUUGGAUCAAUGUUAAAAGCAGUGGCAUCUGGGCUUGUGAUUACUUCUAUCCUCAUAUGUGUAUCUGCAAAUGAUAAUGGAUUUCCUAGAUGUAACUGUGAUGAUGAGGCCAGCUUGUGGACUAUUGAAAGCAUUCUGGAGUGUCAGAGAGUUGGUGAUUUCUUGAUUGCUGUGGCCUACUUCUCUAUCCCUAUUGAGCUGCUUUAUUUUAUCAGUUGCUCAAACGUCCCAUUCAAAUGGGUCCUGAUUCAGUUCAUUGCCUUCAUUGUACUAUGUGGAUUGACACAUUUGCUGAAUGGGUGGACCUAUGGCCCUCACACUUUCCAACUUAUGGUGGCACUUACUGUCUCCAAAAUACUCACUGCAUUGGUGUCAUGUGCCACUGCCAUAACCCUCAUCACUCUGAUCCCAUUGCUUCUCAAAGUGAAGGUCAGAGAGUUCAUGCUGAAGAAAAAGACGUGGGAUCUUGGACGUGAGGUUGAUCAUAUUAUGAGACAAAAGGAGGCUGCAAUGCAUGUAAGAAUGCUUACUCAGGAGAUACGUAAGUCACUCGAUAGACAUACGAUUCUGUAUACCACUUUGGUGGAGCUGUCUAAAACACUUGGCUUGCAAAAUUGUGCUGUGUGGAUGCCUAAUGUUGAUAAGACUGAGAUGAACCUCACUCAUGAAUUGAAUGGGAGGAAUUUUAAUUUGACUAUACGCAUUACUGAUCCAGAUGUUGUGAGAAUUAAGGGAAGUGACGGUGUAAAUAUACUCAGCUCCGACUCAGCACUUGCUGUUGGGAGUAGAGGAGUUUCUGGAGAGGCAGGACCGGUUGCAGCAAUUCGAAUGCCAAUGCUACGGGUUUGUAAUUUCAAAGGAGGAACACCUGAGCUAAGACAGGCUUGUUAUGCUAUAUUGGUCUUAAUUCUUCCUUCUGGAGAUAAUCAGGAGCCUAGAUCGUGGAGCAAUCAGGAGCUGGAGAUAAUUAAGGUGGUUGCUGAUCAGGUCGCAGUGGCUCUAUCUCAUGCUGCAAUUCUUGAAGAGUCCCAACUUAUGAGAGAGAAGUUGGAGGAGCAAAAUCGAGCUUUGCAACAGGCAAAAAGGAAUGCUUUGAUGGCAAGCCAGGCAAGAAAUGCAUUUCAGAAAGUCAUGAGUGAUGGAAUGAGGAGGCCAAUGCACUCAAUUUUGGGACUGCUUUCAAUGAUACAAGACGAUAAAUUAAAGAGUGAACAGAAACUUAUUGUGGACGCGAUGCUAAGGACCAGUAAUGUCCUAUCAAACUUGAUAAACGAUGCCAUGGAUAACUCAACUAAGGAUGAAGGAAGAUUUCCUUUGGAGAUAAGGUCUUUUGGGUUACAUUCCAUGCUGAAGGAAGCAGCUUGUCUUUCCAAGUGCAUGUGUGUUUAUAAGGGCUUUGGUUUUAUGGUUGAGGUUGAGAAGUGUUUGCCUGACAAUGUUAUGGGUGAUGAGAGGAGGGUUUUUCAGGUAAUUUUGCAUAUGGUUGGGAACCUACUGGAACACAACCAUGGGGGAGGGAUCCUUGUAUAUCGAGUUUUUGCAGAAACUGGAAGUCAGGGAAGGAGUGACAAAGGGUGGACAACCUGGAGACCAAGCUCUUCUAGUGGUGAUGUAAAUAUUAGAUUUGAGAUAGGGAUCAACAGUAGUGAUUCUGAAGUUGGGAGCUCAAUUUCUUCAGGAUUUGGGGGUAGAAAAUAUAGCAGUGAUAGGGUUGGGGGCAGAUUGAGCUUCAGCAUUUGCAAGAGGGUAGUCCAGUUGAUGCAGGGGAACAUAUGGUUAGUACCUUGUAAUCAUGGUUUUCCUCAAAGCAUGACUCUUCUUCUUCGGUUUCAAUUACGACCGUCCAUUUCCAUAGCCAUCUCUGACCCUGGAGAAGGUUCAGAGCGCACUGAUUCCAAUUCAAUGCUGAGAAAUCUGCAAGUUCUUUUAGUCGAAAAUGAUGAUGUAAAUAGAGCAGUGACCCAAAGAUUGCUUCAGAAACUAGGUUGUGUUGUAACUCCUGUUGCUUCAGGAUUUGAAUGCCUUACUGUCAUUGGACCUGCAGGAUGUUCUAUUCAAGUCAUUCUUUUAGAUCUUCACAUGCCUGAUUUAGAUGGCUUUGAGGUUGCCACGAGGAUUCGGAAGUUUAGAAGUGGUAAUCAACCUAUGAUUGUUGCCUUGACUGCAAGUGCAGAAGAAGAUUUGUGGGAAAGAUGCAUGCAAGUUGGUAUUAAUGGAGUUAUCCGCAAGCCAGUUUUGUUGCAUGGAAUUGCUAGUGAACUCAGAAGAAUCCUCAUGCAGGGAAAUAAUGUCCUUUGAGAAUGGAAUGGAGGGUGCAAGUUGUAACACUUAAGCAUCUCAAGUAUUUAAGUUAUUAUUUUAAGUCACAUUCUUGGUAGAAUUAGAACACAGCACUCUUUGGCUCCCACCUGCUAGCAAUUUUUAGCUUAGAGAUGUUAUUAUACAAACGAUUUUCUUAAGGAAGAAAAAGAUGGUAUACAGAUUAGUUCCUUUUCAGUAGUGUCUUGACGGUGUUAUUGCCAUGUAUGUAGCUUCAAAAUCUAAUACAUGCGUCUUCCCACAUA